AUGGUCUCCCGAGAUUUCGUCGUAUUAGUUGUUUUGAUGCUGGAUUUAACAGUACUAUCGCUUUCGUCGCAUAAUCGGAAACCAGAAGUUCAAGUACCUGAAUCAGGAACAACGAAGAAGAAGAAAGAUAUCACUAGUUACAGUGAUGCCGACCUGGAGCGCCUCUUCGAAGAAUGGGAAGAGAAUGACGAAGACAAACUGGAGGAUGAUGAACUUCCUGUAUACAAACGGACGCCCCCUCCAGUGGAUCUGGAUGCCAUAAAGGCGAAGGCUAAGAGCCCAGAAGAUUUGUUGAAAAUGACGAAGAAAGGUCAACCGCUCAUGAUGUUUGUAAACGUUCGUGAUCCAUCCAACCAUCUGGAAAAAAAUAGGGCAUUCACUUCUAAAUACACCGAAAUUUUUCAAUCCAUGCUCCGAAACAACCACAUAGACUGUCAGGUAUUUCUCAUCGAUGACGAUCGAGCCAUAUUUCAAUUCAGCGAUGGAUCGCAGGCUUUCGAUGCUAAGGAUUUUCUUCUGAAGCAGAUACAAGUUACUGAAGUCACUUUAGAAGGUCAGCAGUACGUUGGCGCUGGAGCAGCAAAGAAAAGUGAAUUGUAG